AUGUCAUCUGAUAAUGAGGAACUUGCCCAUUUUUUAGGUUCUUACAGAAAUGGUCCACGGCGAAAUUCUUCAGCAGUUUUAUUACGAAAUAAGACAAAAUUUCAACCUGUUGUGCCAAAUAGACUAGUUGAAUCAUCAACUUCUGUGCAUAACAUUGCACGCCAUAAGGAGGCUAGAAGGUCAUCAGAAAAGAAAUAUAAUCUUUUAGAUGAUAAUGGUGAAGAACCCUCAGCAUUGUUAGAAGAAGAGCUUUCGAGUCUCUUAUUAAGUCUAGAAAUGUAUCAAAAACGAUUGGAGCGUGCAGCGGCUAUUGUAAACCUUGAAAGGCAACGCCGAACGCGUUCCUAA